CAGGAGAAAGGAGGGAAGCAGAAAGAGAGAGAGAGAGAGAGAGAGAGAAGCAAAACUUGUUAUGCAGGCGAUGCUGCUGUUACUGUUACUGUUGCUGUGAGCUACAAGUAGGACAUGGUGAAUUCGCACAGGUCCACAGUCUUCUUCCAGAUGUGUCGAUCACUGUGAGGCUCCACAUCUAUCCACUGGAUCCUUUCCGACAGCAUGCAGAAUCUCCGACACGCCGCGACUGAAGCGUUCCAGCGGCUGGGUUUGAAGCAGAGACACAUGGGCUAUCAGGAGCUAGGAGAGUUGGAUGGCGUGGAAACUCCUCAGCCUCAGUGGUUUCACACUCUACAAGUGCGCAGGCUCCGUGCGCAGAGAGGACGCAGCAACAGCGACCCACUGGGCGGAAAGAACUUUCAGCCAGAGUUUCAAUGGAACACAGGUCUCCAGUUUGGAACGGCGAAUUCAUACCUGAACCUGGAGAAACUAGGAGAGGGUGCAUACGCUACAGUAUACAAAGGAAUAAGCAGGAUAAACGGGCACUUGGUGGCGCUGAAGGUCAUCCGAAUGAAAACGGAGGAAGGUGUUCCUUUCACUGCAAUCAGGGAAGCCUCUUUGUUAAAAGGCCUCAAACACGCUAACAUUGUCCUGCUCCAUGACAUCAUCCACACACGCGAGUCCCUCACCUUCGUCUUCGAGUACAUGCAAACAGACUUGGCUCAGUAUAUGAUCCAGCAUCCAGGAGGACUUCACCCAUGGAAUGUUCGCAUCUUCAUGUUCCAGCUGUUGCGAGGUUUAUCAUAUAUCCACAGCAGGAGGAUUCUGCAUCGGGAUCUUAAACCUCAGAACCUGCUCAUCAGCUACCUGGGCGAGCUCAAACUCGCCGACUUUGGUCUAGCCAGGUCCAAGUCGAUCCCGUGCCAGACGUACUCAGCAGAAGUCGUGACCUUGUGGUACAGACCACCUGAUGUUCUCCUGGGGUCCACAGAUUAUUCUACAGCACUGGAUAUCUGGGGCGCAGGCUGCAUUUUCAUCGAGAUGCUACAGGGGGUGCCAGCGUUCCCCGGCGUGGCUGAUGUUUUUGAACAGUUGGUGAAAAUCUGGAGAGUUCUCGGCGUGCCCUCGGAGGAGAGUUGGCCGGGAGUGAGCGAGCUGCCAAACUAUAAAGCGGAAUGGUUCCUGCCCUGCAAACCCCAGCAAUUCAGAGAUGUCUGGAAAAGAUUUGCACAGUUACCCUAUAAGUCGGAGGACCUGGCGCAGCAGAUGUUGACGAUGAUUCCAAACGAAAGGAUUUCAGCCCAGGAUGCGUUACACCAUCCCUACUUCAACACUCUGCCUCCGCCUGUGAUGCAGCUGCGAGAUACCGUAUCCGUCUUCAAGGUGCCUGGGGUGAGGCUGGAGACGGAAGUGAGUGAUAUCUUCAGCCCCAGCAGACGGAUGAAAUCCUCCCUCGUGCCCCAGGGGAAAUGCUGGUGAGAGGCUCCUGCUGGCCCACGUCGACCACACAGAACUUUUCAGAAGAGGAGGAAAGAAAAAACAAACUCUUGGUAAUGGAGGAUCAUCAUGGAUUCCUCGUUCGCAAGAAUAAUAGAACAAUCCUGAGUGUUGCUUUUAAGGGGACUUUUCAUUUGUAGUGAGCAUGCAUUGGUCAGGUCUUGGGAAGGAAGGAAGGAUGGAUGGAUGGAUGGAUGGUAUGGAGGACGUGCUGAAGUCUUGAAGGCGUGGUAUUGAAACCAGUGAAGGACUUGACAUAAGUAGCACUUUUGAUAUAGCAUACGGAGGUGCCAAGAUCUACAGUUUAACCAUAGUGUUUUGUAUUUUGUAUCAUUUCGACACCUGAAAACCUCUGAACCAAAGUCAGUGAGAACAAAUUCAGAUCAUAAUGAUGUGAAAGAUGCUCAUUUGCAUCUGUUAGCAGUUACUUUUGCUUUCUUUGAGAAGAAUCGGUAUUGGGAGCCGAUACAAAACGAGAAGGCGUGGCUGUAGUGUUUUUGGUUGGUAAAAAAACUGAGGAACUGGCUCUUAUUAACUAUCUUAUAGCGCACCUAUUACGGUUUUGAAACGUGCCUAAUUUUGUUUUAAAUGUCUCAUAGAAUAGAUUUACAUGCAUCCAUUAUCAAAAAACACUUUCAUGUGCUCAUAAUUUAAAUCGCAGCAUUACCUUUUUUCCCCCAGUGUCACAAAUGACUCGUUAAACUCCUCCUUUCAGAGAGCAUACUCUGCUCUGAUUGGUCAGAUGUCCCAGUCUGUUGUGAUUAGUCUACCGCUGUCAGCGAGCAGCCAAUGAAGACCAGAGGCGGGGCUUUUUGUUACAAACCUAUGUAGGUUAGUACAGGACGUAAAGUCUGGAAUUACUGACAAUUCGUUUCAGCUGUUCAGAAUCACUUCCUUCUUUUGGGAGUCAAUAACUCUGUUUGUUGUGCGCUUUGAUUUCUGAAACUUUGCAGACGUUUUUACAUUCAAAAACAGCUCUAUAACACACUACAUGAAAGGUAAUAUUUGAAAAACCAUUAUAGGUGCACUUUCACACCAGACAUUUGUCUUGCUGUUUUUUUCACUGUUGCUUGGCGCACAUCUGGGGGGAAAUCUGUCUAGCUCAUCCGUUGAAAUGCUUGAGUUUCAGUGUUAGCAAUGUUGGCAUCUCUGUAGCAUAUCAUUUAAGUAGCUUUUUUGAAUAUUUCUCCGGAAUACCCGUUAACGUGGAAAAAAGUGAGCCAGAGAGAAAGAGGUUAAAAAUCUUUCACAUAUGCACGCUGACCCAUGAGUGUUAAGGCAAAUUGCAAACUCAAAGGUCAUGGCCAUAUGGGAACAAGAGCUGGAUCAGAUUCCAGUUACCACCAAAGAGAGAGAGAGAGAGAGAGAGUGAUGAACAAUACUUUCCUGGAAGUUCUUCAUUCUUCCAAAUCCUUUCUGGUGAUGUCUUGUUAUUUUUCAUGGUCCUGUCAGACCGCUCCCUCAGUUUGACAUCUUAUUGUGCUAGGUUUGUACAGCAUUUAUCCUGUAUGCUGUCUAAGUGCAAUCUAAACAAAUAUAUUUCACAGAUCUUUGUGCUAAAAUAAAAAGGAUAACUCUGUGUUGAACGGAUUUCUUUAGCCAUGCUCUCCUGUUAGUCAGGACUGUUGAUUUGGUACUUACUGCUCGCUGAUUAAAACCCGGGAACAGGAGUAUAAAGUAGAAUCAUCUCACAUACCGUUCCAGCUGUUGGAGCAACAUCUGCAUACACUGAUGACCCGAAUCAUCGGCUGUAUGAUGAUUUCAUAUCCAUACAGGUGUGUAGCAUGUGAGCAGAGCACAGCCGGUGUCGCAAAUGUGUAUGUAUUAGUCCAAAUGCUCAAUUCUGUUCAUGUUCCAAUAAAUAUCUCUCUCAGACCAGA